AACUUCAUCGCUGCCCGAUCACUCUCCGACGUUUUACCAUCAAUUGCAAUUUGCUUCCCACGAGAAUCCACACGGUGUUUGAAGAUCGCGCGCAAUGACACUUCGAGAUUUGAACCAAUUUGACAGGGUGCCGAGUCCCACCAAGGAGGCCAGGACCCUUCCACAGCUGGCAUCGCUCCCGGCCAUGAUGCAGCUCCACCCGCCUCCAUCUCCCGGCACUCACCGAACUCUAAGGAGAUUGCAGUCGGCCCAUAGCCUGGGGGCAAAGGCCGCGGUCCAGCCGUCGCUCAUUUCGCAGCAGAGGUUGCAGCAGAAGUCGUUGCAGCAGCAGCAGAUCCAACGACUCCAGAAACCCCCAUCGCCUCCCCGAAGAAAUGUGAGCUUCAACAAUAACCCUUCACCCCAGAGAGGACGCGCCAACAGCGACGCACCGCCCAUCCCCAAUCCCCACCAGCUCAACGCCAUGACCGGAUCCAGGGAUUCCAGGCGCUCCGCCCUGAGCAAGCGGUCCUUGGCCGCCGACGCCAUGUCUCUCGAAAGGCUUCUGCGCGACGGUCCGCCAAACGGUGAUGUUGAAGGUGCUCUAGAAAGCACCCGCCUCAAGAUCCUCGAUCAGGGCAUCCGCUCAGACAGCGAUGGCAUGUCCUCGCUCCGCAUCUAUGUCUGGCUCAUCCUGCUCAACGCGCCUGUUCUUGAGACUGAUUCCUACCUCGCUCUCAUCCACCGCGGCGCGUCGCCAGCCUAUUCCAAAAUCCGCAACGACACAUUUCGAACAUUGACGACCGAUCCUCUUUUCCGACGUCGCGUGAGCGAGGCAAGCUUGAUUCGCCUUCUCAACGCCAUCGCCUGGAAGCUCCAUGAUGCUCGCGGGCAAAGGACGCGUGACCCAAGCGUGGCCAGCAGCUCGCGCCGCUCUUUGGACCAGUCGAGCAGCCGACCGGGAACCGGUUAUAGCAGUGGUUAUGGGAGCCCAACUUCGUCGCCGGCCGCAAAGAACCGAGCACGUGCCCUAACUUUGACGACCGAGGGUUCCGAGACGAGCAUGGCGGCAGAGCCAGGCACCUAUGUGCAGGGCAUGAACGUCCUGGCAGCUCCCUUUCUUUACGCUGCCCGCAGCGAAGCAGAAGCCUUCAUCGCCUUUCACCAGCUGCUGACACAAGAGUUGCCGGGCUAUAUCCGUGGCGCCAUGGACGGAGUGCACAAGGGUCUCGCCCUGGUUGACAAGGUGCUGGCCAUUGUCGAUCCCAAACUUAGCCUGUACCUGCUCUCCAAGAACCUCUCGGCCGAAAUUUACGCUUUCCCGUCCGUCUUGACGCUCUGCGCCUGCACUCCGCCUCUGCCCGAGGUGCUACGGCUCUGGGACUUUCUCUUCGCGUACGGCCCGCAUCUCAACAUCCUGUGCAUUGUUGCGCAGCUGGUCAUGAUACGCACCAAGAUCAUGGACUCGCCUAGCCCUAAUAAAUUGCUCAGAUCUUUUCCGGCCCUCCAGGCCGACCAGAUUAAGCGUACCACCUUGGCUAUCAUCAAGAUGAUCCCCGAUGAUGUCUACGCUGAAAUAGUCACACAUGCCCGAUAAAAAGCCCGUGGCAGAAGCGUUUCCGGUGGGAAUAUGCUCCCUGCUCGCUGGCUAGACGCUGGAGAUGCUCUAGCGUUGUUGGUCCACAGGUUGAGCACCCCGCCAGCGUCAAGUCUUGUCCGCCAUCUGCUGUCCCUUGGGUCAUCUCUUCCCACCCAGCACACCGUAACCGCGAUGAGCCCUUGGGGAAGGUGGCGGUCAUA